UCUAAAAUUAGAAUUAGAAAAUUUUCUGUGAUCCUUUCAUGUAAACUCGGUGAAGUCUCGGUCUGCUCUGGGCCUCUUGGGUGGUACUCUCUCUAUAUUAAUACCUCUACCAACACUGAUAAGUUCCCAAACUCCCAACUCCCAAGCUCCUCUCUCUCUCUCUCUCUCUCUCUCUCCCGCGGUCUCUCUGUCUUUCUGAGUUUCUGGUUCUGUUUCGGCCAUGGCUUCGGUUCAGAGAGCCAUGGUUUUAUGCAUGCUCAUGGCUGCCAUAGGAGUUACCUCUGCUGCCGUUUAUAAGGUUGGGGACUCUUCAGGCUGGACGAUCUUGGGCAGUCCCAACUACACCCAAUGGGCUGCUUCCAAGAGCUUUCAUGUUGGGGACACCCUUAUUUUCGAGUACAACAAGCAAUUCCACAACGUGCUGCAAGUGAGCCACAGUGAAUUCCAAGCUUGCAAUGGAACUUCUCCCAUCGCCACAUACGCCACCGGCAAUGACACCAUCACCAUCAAGAAGACCGGUCACUACUACUUUCUCUGCGGCUUCCCCGGACACUGCGAUGCCGGGCAGAAAGUUGACAUCAGGGUGCCUCGGACUUCUGCCGUCUCGGCUCCUCCUGCUACAUCUCCUUCGGGUUCGCCUUCUGCCGUUCCACCUUCAGUUGCGGCCUCAUCGCCUUCUCCUUCUGCUCAUCAGAAUGGCGCAUCUCCAUCUUCUUCCAAGGGGGUACUUGGUAUAUUGGGACUGGCCCUGGCCUUUUUUGCAGCUUUUGUUUCUGGUUUCACUUAUUAGGAUUUAAUUUAGCCAAGUUUGGGACUUUCAGUUUUUGGGGUUUUUGUUGUGGGUAUGCUAUCUUAGCCGGAACCUUCAUGUGAAUCACUGGACCUGAAUGAUUGAAUCAGGAUAAUUUGGUCUUUCUGUGUUGAUUGGAGGCAAAUUGAUAUGUAGCUCAGCAUUCUUCCUUUAUACAAUGCAUACAUACAUAUUUUGAUACA